AUGGCGGGACAGAAAGUGACUAUAAAGUGCGUAGUUGUUGGAGAUGGUGCUGUGGGAAAAACUUGCCUUCUCAUCAGCUAUACCACCAAUGCCUUCCCGGAAGAGUACAUCCCUACUGUGUUUGACAACUACAGUGCCCAAAUGACUGUUGAUGGUCGGACAGUUAGCCUGAAUCUCUGGGACACUGCAGGCCAGGAGGAAUAUGACCGCCUGCGCACGCUUUCAUAUCCUCAAACCAAUGUAUUUGUCAUCUGUUUCUCCAUCGGUAGCCCCUCGUCUUAUGCAAAUGUGAGGCACAAAUGGCAUCCUGAAGUUUCUCACCACUGUCCAAAUGUUCCUAUUCUUCUGGUGGGCACGAAGAGAGAUUUGAGAAAUGACCUGGAAACAGUUAAAAAGUUGAAAGAGCAAAGCUUGGCUCCCACUACCCCGCAGCAGGGGACUUCGCUGGCUAAACAAAUUGGAGCAGUCAAAUAUUUGGAGUGCUCAGCAUUGAAUCAGGAGGGUGUUCGGGAGGUGUUUGCUGAAGCUGUACGUGCAGUUCUGUAUCCUGUGACAAAGAAGAACACAAGAAAAUGUGUCUUAUUGUAGUUACCUUGGGUGAUGGAUGUUCGAAGUUGAAUAUUGACUAGAAUCUUGGAGGGCUCUUUAAUGAGAUAAAUUGAAGAUUUGCAUCUUGCACUAACAGCUCUAAGCAGAAAUGGUUUAUGCAACGAAUACUCUUGCAGUCUUACUGCUUCAGGGAAACUGAAACAGAAUGUUGUUUUUUUCCAACUGAGAGGUCAAAUAUCUAUUGCUAAAGUUCCAGUCUCCACCUUCUCCAGGCAUCACUUGGCUUCUGUCCUUAUUUAGUGGAGGAAAAUAAAAGAAGGGACUUCUUUGAAGCCACACUUCUUUACUAGAUAGCCAUCAGUUACUAGAUUUGCUGAAAAGCACAAAUUCUGAUGACUUUGCUUUAAGCGUAGCUGCUGCUUUUCCCAUCCCUUAUUUACUGAUUGAAUUUGUUUUACAAACAGAAGUCUGGCUGUCCAGUUGUUUUAAUUUGUCAAUUUAAAGCUUGAAAACAAUUUGUUUACAUGCAAAAAUUCCUGAAAUAUUAAUGAGGUUCACCUUAUAGUGAACUGUGAUAGUUUAUAUGAAGAGUUAGCAUAAAGCUUGUUUAAUGCAAUGAGCAAGACC